AUGGAGCCAGGAUUCAACUGCUCUGAGAUCUGCGAUGGCAGCUCCAGUUUUGGCAGCCAGGAGCAGCAGCGGCGUGCACUGCAGGAGCUGUGCACUGUCACGGUGACAUCUGACCGCAGUGGGAAGAGCUCUCCGUCCUUCUCUGCUGCUCUCCUGGGAGUCGUAUGGACAUUCCUGACUGGAGGAGUCCUGCUAGCUCUCUUCUUUCUUGUCUUCACAAUUCGCUUCAGGAAAAACAGGAUUGUGAAGAUGUCCAGCCCCAAUCUGAACAUUGUGACCCUGCUGGGCAGUGGCUUGACUUACACUAGUGCUUACCUCUUUGGGAUUCAGGAGCAGAGCCUGCCAUCUGGAGACUCGGUGGAAAAGCUUAUUCAGGUACGGCUCUGCCUGCUGUGCGUGGGGACCUCCCUGGUGUUUGGCCCUGUUCUGGGGAAAAGCUGGCGGCUCUACAAGGUGUUCACCCAGCGGGUGCCAGACAAGCGAGUGAUUAUCAAAGAUAUCCAGUUACUGGCGAUGGUGGCAGCGUUGGUGCUGGCAGACACCGUGUUGCUCCUGACGUGGGUGUUCUCUGAUCCAGUCCAGUGCUUCCGAAGCCUCAGCGUCUCAUUGCGGGUGACAGAGAAAGGCAUGACCUGCUCAGUGAGCAGGGUGCAGUCCUGCGCAUCUCUUUAUUCCGAUCUUUGGCUCAUUCUCAUUUUAGGGUUUAAGAGUAUCCUUCUGCUGUAUGGGACCUACUUGGCCGGUCUGACCGACAACGUCAGCUCCCCACCAGUCAACCAGUCCUUGACACUCAUUGUUGGGGUCAACCUCGUUUUCCUGGUUGCUGGCACUGUCUGCUUAGUUCACCGUUUCUUCUGCGCUUGGCACAACUUGCUGUUUGGUUUUACCUCUGGAGGCAUCUUUGUGUGUACGACCACGAUCAACUGCUUCAUCUUUGUCCCACAGCUCAAGCAGUGGAAAGCCUUUGAAGAAGAAAGCCAAACCGUGAGCCACAUGGCAAAAUAUUUCACCAGCCCCAGCCGGAGCUGCCGCUCGGUGUACAGUGAGGAGCAGCUCUACCAGCUGAUAGGGGAGAAAAACUCCAUGAAGCGGCUGCUCACCGAGAAAAACGCCGUGAUUGAAAGCCUGCAGGAGCAAGUGAGCAGCGCCAAGGAGAAGCUGAUGAGGCUGAUGUCUGCAGAGAGUGGCUGCGACCCCCCGCCACUUUGUGGCGAUGCUCAGGACCUCGGGAAACGUGCGAGCCAUGAGCCCGUUUGCUCUCAGGCGCUGCUUUUUGACGUGGGGAAUGGUAUUGAAUGUGACCUGAAAGACGACCGGGAGUGCGGGACACCUGCGGGGCAGGAGCAGCCUCCAGAGCAGCUGCUGGGCCAGGACAUCUCAGCUCGUGUGGGCUGGGAGUCGUCCCCCAAAGUCAGCUACGUGAGCAGUGAGAAGCUGCGGGAAAUCUUACAAGAGCUGAGCCUGGAUGGCAAAACCUACAGCCCAGCCUUACCUGGGCGACUCCUGCGUAGCAGCCAGGGCCCCCCAGGUGAGCAGGGAGGAAGGUGGGGGGCCCAGGAGAGGUACCCGGGCAUCCACCUGCACGAGGUGGGUGGCUGGGGCCGUGGCCUGGGGAGGGAAGAGGAGAUGGCUGGCGGAGGGCUCCUUCACCCAUCGGCACCGUCCCCUCCAGCCAUCCCUGGGGAGGCCUGCCUCCAGGCAGAGGUGUGGCCGGGAUGGCCAGACUCACAGGGCGCUGUGCCGUCCGCCCCACGGGAGCAGCAGCGGUGGCAGAGCUCCCUGAGGGGACCCGCUGAGCCCUCUUUGCGCUCACUGUACUAUUACCCGGACUCUGACUCCAGCAGCAGCAGCAGCUCUGAGGAGGAGAUGUUGCACGGCUGCCACCGUCCCUGCUGCGAGGUCUGCUUCCAGAGCCCGCGUGGCUCUCUGGGAAGCAGUAGCACAGACACGGACACAGAGCCUGGCAGCUGCAUGGGCCGCCGGACAGAGCAUCACAGCGGGCCCCAGCCUGUGGUGAAUUUCAAAGAAGAUCUGAAACCCACCUUUGUGUGA